AUGAAACCGGCUAUCAACCGUUCCGUUGCGCUCGUUGCACUGCUGGUGCUGUUUGCUUGCUUGGCGUCAAUUUCGCAGGCCUACGUUUACAUCAUUCCCAACGCCAAAAGUCCCGAUCAAGAAGGUUUUUGCUACGAUGCAACGCUAAAACUAUCCGUUCCCGUUAACGAAAUUCGACAACGGCCGGAGAAGUGUGAGUCGAUGAGCUGUGGCAGUGACUACUCGCUGCAUGUUGCAGGAUGUGGAGUCGUAGCGGCUGGACCAGGAAUGAUCGUUACGAAGACGGAUUAUUCUAAGCCCUACCCGGAAUGCUGCCCACAUGUCGAGAUGGACUCGAAUAAUUUUGUAUGA